AUCGGAUGUUCUUUUUUUAAAGAUAAUGGGUGCUGCCUGUGGCAAAGGCCACACUUUGAAUGAGGAAGAUGCACCCUACGAAACGAAAGGCUCAUUAAAGAAACCUGUGAGUCCUGACAGACAAAAAGACGAUGAUGCGGCUGAAGUCAUUGAAGAAAACGUUGUCGUCCAGGAAAGUAAAGGUGAUUUGAAGUCAGAAGUCAAAAGUAGUGCGAUUAAAGUGCAAUUCCCCGAACAUCAAGACAUUAAAAAGUAUAUCGACCCCGAAACUUCGGAAACCUGCUUCGUCAAUGAAAUUGAAAGUGCCACAGUUGUAGCACAAAAAAGUAGUUUCUAUAUCCCAUCUGUGUUUCACUACACUUAUGGAUUGAGUUGCUGCUCCUGCAAGCUCUCGCUGAACGAAUCAUGCACUGUGAUUUUUGGUUUCACCUAUCACCAGAGCCCACGCUGUCUGUGCUGUAGUGUGUGCAAUGCUCCCCUUACAGGAAUCAAAAAGAAGUCAGAUAUCACAAUAUCAUCCAACGGACAGUUAUUUUGCGCCGAAUGUUCCGUUAAGGAUGCACCGCUCGUCUGUGCCGCGAGCCACGAAGAAAUUAACGAAGAAGAUCUAGAUUUCACAGAAAUAGCAGUUGGAAGGCGAUUCAAAUCAAAUAAUCUGAAAUGCAGUAUAUGUCAGUUGCCACUGUCUAAUACAAAAAUAUUUAAAGACGAAAAACUUUUCUGUGGCAACUGUUACACCGAAAAUGUGGCACCUACAUGUCAUCAAACCGGUCGAAAAAUUGUCGGCCGAGCUCUAAAAGUGGGCGAAGAAGUUUAUCAGAUCGAUGCAGUAAAAUGUCCGAAAUGCGGGUUCAAAAUGUGCGACAAUGAGAGUGUUUAUCUAGUGCAAGGCCAGCCUCCAGUUCACAUGGACUGCUCUAAGAGCGUCAGUAGCGAGUUUUACAAAAUCACAACCGACGACGAGGCUCUGUUUUCCGCAUUCGAAGAUAACGGAUCAGAUUCAGACCGCGGAGGCCAUAUGUCAGAUUCGAGAAAACAAAAGCGAACAGAUUUCAGUUACUCCUCUAUAAACACUUCUUUCAGCUCCUUGCCCUUUUCCAGAGUAGACAGACCAGAGACUAUAAUACCCCCAGUGUACAGGUUAAAGAAUGCAAAUCAGUACAUGGGAAGUUACCUGAAGCCGGAACGAGACACCAAAACAAAACCUGGAAGUGUUUCUUUGGGCAGUCAAAACGGAACAGUCCACUCUAAUGGAACAAAGGCGGUUUUCAAUUCAACAAUAGGAAUCGAUAAGAAAAGCACCACACGUCCCAUGCAGAAUGGAUCAACUGUGAAAACGAUGAACAAUAGAGCCUCAACUGGACUCGGAACUCCGAGGAAGAUCGACAGUCAUGACUACUCCGGACCCCUGGCUCCAGUGUACUACAAGAAAGAGCGAGAGAGACGAAGACAGGAGAAGAUUCGGAUGAACAAAAGCGAAAUCCUCAACUCCAGUUCGAAGCCUGCUGGUGGAACGAUGUCCAAUGGUCAUUCUAGUUUCCUAAAUUCCACAGCUGAACCGGAACAACAGUCCUCGCUCAUGUACGACGGAGACAUCAGCGUCUCGAACCGACUGACCUCAGUUGAAUCAAGUACAAACAGCUCUGUGCCAGAUAGAAAGCUGGCGUUUGAUAUUGGUUCGGACAAUGAGACUGACACCACUGUUCAAGCCUCUACCAGAGUUGCAGAUAGCUCAGACACUGAAUAUGAAACAGAUAAUUAUGCCAAUGGAGAUGUAGGCGGCAUGAACGGACAGACGAUGAACAAAGACAGUCCAAUCGAAGAUUCGGAAGCGGAGGGUAGGGGUUAUGUAACCGAAGACGAAAUUGAUCGAAUGCAAUCGGGACUAGGCAAAGAGAUUCUAAGAGAAUUGAAAAUGCAAAUUGAUACGAAUGCGACGAAGGACGAUGUGGAAGCAUUGUAUGUUCCUGAUGAUCCAAUUAAAGCAUCCAGGUCUCCCGACGCAAAGACAGAGGUCCAGCUUCCAUACUUCUGCGAGAUCAAGUUUGGUCCCAUCGCGACAGGAAUCAACAGGUAUUGCGACACAUGGCUCCUGGAACAGGCUAUAAAUGAACCAAUGGGUAUGAACGACUAUAACAAUUUUAUGCAAGGCUUCCAGAGAUUUACGAAUGCCAGUGCGCAUCCAUGGAAACACAACAGCACUUCGAACUCUUUGGUCGAUGGAGCCAUGUCUGACACUGAAGGCAUGCGAAGGUUUAAGUACAGUGACAUGACUUCAAGUCGAGGCAAGUUUAGAAUGGACGGAUAUAAAUCAGAGGGUGGCUACAAUAGCAGUCCAGAAAUGGGACGAAGGAAGAUGACAAGGUACAACUCCUUGGACGUCAGGAAGGCCUGGUACCACGAGAGGUUCCUAACAUACGUGCAGAUGUACCACAAGAAGGGAAAUCUGCUAUUUGAACAGCAGAAAGAAGCGUGCAUGCAACACAUUAGGAUGUCCGUUGGGAGUCUAAGUCGAUCUGAAAAUGUGAAGGUGUAUCCCAAGGAAAAGCUGUUCACAAAUAUGAACAAACGGUUACCGGAGGACGUGAACAGAAGUAGACUAGAGUUGCAUCUUUCAGAUGAGGAAUUUGUGGAUCUCUUCGCCAUGACUCAUGACCAAUUCAGGUCUUUGCCCCCGUGGAAACAGAACGUGAUGAAACAGUUGAACUAUCUCUUCUAACAUCACUAAACCAACUCUUACCAGUUAUUUAUAACUUAUUCAGUACCAGUGCUUAAGUGUUCAGUUCGGAUGCAUCUUCUGCUGUUGAAUUCCGACCAAAAUUUGUUUUAAUUUUCAAAUGAUGCGUUUUCGAAAUCAUGCUUGAAUUUGCGCUGUGCUGUAUCUGAUGAAAAAUGUUUGUUGAAUUAAAAGUUUUUGCUACCAUGAAAAUAGGCUUGACUUAAACGCAUCAUUUUGUGCUGUUUUCUGUUCCGAAUUUUUCAAUACUUGUUCACUUUUGAAUCAAAUUAAAAGUUGAGUGAAUUGGUUGAUUGGAGGCGGCCGUGUUUUUGUAAAUUUUAGCAGUUGUCUAGAUUUAUAUUUCAAAUGACUUUUGUUGUUUACUCGCAGUCUAAUCUAAGUUCAUGAAAUCAUGUUUGAAUUUAACUUCUGAGCUUUCUAAUGCGUUAACAUUUGCAGUGUUUCAACCAAAACUAACCCGUCCUAACUUAACUAAACUCGUUUGAUGUGCGCUUUUUUCAUGACAGAAGCACCGAAUCGUAUGUAAUUUCAAACCAAUCAAAAGCCACUAAAUUAGCCGAGACAAAUAUUUUAAAAGAUUUGAAUGCUCAUUGUCUUUUGUAACUUUCGGUCUUUCUGCCAAGUGAGAUUCAACGCAUUUCAUACCUUUCAAAUUGCAGUAUUUUUAUUGAUCGCAUUCAUUUUCAAAUUUCAACUGCGAGAAAUGAUGCGCAUGUUUGAGAUAAAAUGUCAGUUCGUAGUUUUGUUUCAAGAUUCAACUCAAGUGCAACUCAAAAAAACGAAGAGAUGAAAUCAUCAUUCAAUUCUUGACCGAAUAUUUGACAUCGUUCUUUUCAUGCAUAAAAUUGUACGUCAAACCACCCGUAUUUUAAUUAGAAUUUUGUUAUUCAAAAAGUUCGAAACAUACAACAAAAUCGAGCAUUUAUUGAUGAAACUUAUGAUGAACGCUAUGUCUCAAACUACAGAAGAAAAAAAUAAUGUGCCGAGAAUAGAUAAUUAUUUUGAUGAAAGUUUUAUUAAAAUUUAUGAAUUGAUAAUUGACGUGGAAUAGAGAAAUUUGGAUUAAUCGUAUUUAGCAUUUUCAAUUAACUUUAAUGUAAUA